AGCCCGGGGCCUGAGCGACCCCUAGGACUCCAAGGAAGAGCAGGAGGGACCUGAGGAGGGCUCGCCAAACGGGCCACCCGCCCCGAACUUGCCGGGGAAACUAGUGCGAAGGGAGGGGCCGGGGCCGUGGCGGGAGGAGGGGCGGCCACAGCUGCAUCCAGCCCCGUUGGCUUCCUUCCCAGCUCUCCUUCGCCGCCUCCUUCUCUUCCUCCUGUAUGAGUCAGGCAUUUCCCCGGGAUUUGGAGCAGCCACGCGCGGCCCGGGCGCCCGGAGCUGUAGCUGCAGCCGCCGCCGCCGUCACCGCGUUCGGAGCCCCAGCGCGGGGGCCACCACCGCGGCGGGCGGGCACCCGGGCUCCGGGCGCGCACGGGCCAUGGAGAGGGCGGCCCAGGGCGCGGACGGCGGCGGGGGCAGCAACAGCAGCAGCCGCAGCAGCAGCCGCGCCACCUCGGCAGGCUCCUCGCCCUCCUGCUCCCUGGCGGGCCGGGGGAUCUCCGGCCGGUCGGCGGUAGCCGGGCUCGGCGGCGGGGGCAGCCGCAGCAGCCCGGGCUCGGUGGCUGCUAGCCCGUCCGGAGGAGACGGCCGCCGGCGGGAGCCGGCGCUCGAGGGCGUGCUCAGCAAGUACACCAACCUCCUCCAGGGCUGGCAGAACAGGUACUUUGUGCUGGACUUUGAGGCUGGCCUCCUGCAGUAUUUUGUGAAUGAGCAAAGCAAGCACCAGAAGCCCCGAGGAGCCCUGUCUUUAUCUGGAGCCAUAGUGUCCCUGAGCGACGAAGCUCCCCACAUGCUGGUCGUGUACUCUGCCAACGGAGAGAUGUAUAAGCUGAGAGCUGCUGAUGCAAAAGAGAAACAGCUCUGGGUGACUCAGCUGCGCGCUUGUGCCAAAUACCACAUGGAAACGAAUUCUAAGACUACUCCAAGCUCCCGAAGCCGAAGUCUCACUUUGCUCCCCCAUGGAACACCCAAUUCUGCGUCUCCCUGUAGCCAGAGACACCUCGGUGUGGGGGCCCCCGGUGUUGUCACAGUCACGCAUCACAAGUCGCCUGCAGCUGCCCGAAGAGCCAAGAAUCAGUAUUCCGGCCAGCUCCACGAAGUCAGAGAGAUGAUGAACCAGGUGGAAGGCCAGCAGAAGAACCUUGUGCACGCCAUCGAGUCUCUGCCGGGUUCCGGCCCCCUCACUGCCUUGGACCAGGAUCUUCUGCUCCUGAAAGCUACCUCCGCCGCCACCCUCAGCUGCCUCGGGGAGUGCUUCAACUUGCUGCAGCAGAGUGUGCACCAGGUGGGCCAGUCCAGCCACAAGCCAGUGGCCUCAGAAAACAUCCUGGGAUGGCCCGGGCCCAAGUCACAUUCCACAGAGCAGCUGAAAAAUGGGACAUUUGGCUCUUUGCCAUCCGCCAGUGCCAACAUAACCUGGGCAAUUGUACCCAACACUGCUGAAGAUGAACAAGCCUUACAGCCAGAGCCGAACUCAGGCCCUGAAUUGGUUUUGUCCGAAGAUGAAAAAAGUGACACUGAAGAUAAGGAAGAGGCAGAACUGGGCGUCAUGGAGGAUCAGCGCAGUGUAAUUCUUCAUCUCAUCUCGCAGCUCAAACUUGGAAUGGAUUUGACCAAGGUGGUGCUCCCCACCUUCAUUCUGGAGAAGCGAUCUUUGCUGGAGAUGUACGCGGACUUCAUGGCGCACCCGGACCUGCUGCUGGCCGUCACUGCGGGAGCCACGCCGGAGGAGAGAGUCAUCUGCUUUGUGGAGUAUUAUCUCACCGCCUUCCACGAGGGCCGCAAGGGGGCCUUGGCCAAGAAGCCUUACAACCCUAUCAUCGGCGAGACAUUUCACUGCUCCUGGGAGGUCCCCAGGGACAGGGUCAAGCCAAAGAGGACUGCCCCCCACUCUCCUUCCAGCCAAGAACACCUGAUUGCCGAGGAGCCUGCGGAAAGCUACAAGCUACGGUUUGUGGCCGAGCAGGUAUCCCAUCACCCACCCAUCUCCUGCUUCUACUGUGAGUGCAAGGAGAAGAGACUGUGUAUCAACACUCACGUAUGGACCAAAAGCAAGUUCAUGGGCAUGUCCGUGGGGGUCUCUAUGAUAGGAGAAGGUGUGCUGCGGCUCCUGGAGCACGGGGAGGAGUACGUGUUCACCCUGCCUAGUGCCUACGCCCGCUCCAUCCUCACCAUCCCCUGGGUGGAGCUCGGAGGAAAGGUCAGCAUCAACUGUGCCAAGACCGGGUACUCGGCAACUGUGAUAUUCCACACGAAGCCUUUCUACGGAGGGAAAGUCCACAGGGUCACGGCAGAAGUGAAGCACAACCCAACCAACACCAUUGUUUGUAAAGUCCACGGGGAAUGGAACGGCACCUUAGAGUUCACCUACAACAACGGAGAAACCAAAGUCGUGGACACGACCACGUUGCCAGUGUGCCCUAAGAAGAUCAGACCUCUGGAGAAGCAGGGGCCCAUGGAGUCCAGGAACCUCUGGCGGGAGGUGACCCGCUACCUGCGGCUGGGGGACAUCGAUGCCGCCACCGAGCAGAAGCGGCGCCUGGAGGACAAGCAGCGGAUGGAGGAGCGGAAGCGAGAGAACCUCCGCACCCCAUGGCAGCCCAAGUACUUUAUCCAGGAGGGUGAUGGCUGGGUCUACUUCAAUCCCCUGUGGAAGGCACACUGACCGGGUGGAGGUGCAGAGCCUUCAGGAAGAGCCCCGUUUUUGUAGGAAUUAAAGUGGUACAGUAUCAAGGUUCUGUUGGUAUUCACUGAGACCGCUUGAUAUCAUUCAAGAAAUGGUACCUGAAAAAUUCUAUACUGUGAAAAAUGUACUCCAAACUCUGCUAUAGGAUUAAGUUUAUUCAAGAGCCAUUUGGGGCAUGAGUGUGUACAGUUGUGAGCUCUUGGCAUACUGUAUGUUCACACACAUGCCAUUCAUUGUAUACAUGUCUGAUUAUUACACAUGUAAAUACUGCACUUACCAAGAGUUAAGUGGGUAAUUAUGGGCUCCUUUUUAUCAAUGAUUGGCCUUUUCUAUUUUUCACUCUGCCAAAAAUGUUUUGCACUUACAAAAGUAUUCUCACACACAUAGUCAACUCCUGUCAAAAAAAAAAAAGGGAGGGGGGAUUGGCAUGGCCCAACUGAUAAUCCAUCUGGUAGAAAAUGGCUCAUUCCUGUCAUUUCAAAAUUAUUGUGAUUCCCACCUCUCACCCCAUGGCAUUUCACCUGUCCAUACUGCAGAAAGAUAAAUGGCUAUUUUCUGCUGACUGGGAGUGGGCAGAAAGCUAUUCCAGGUUUAUGCCAGAGCCUCUUAGGGUGGAGCACCACUGGGAGAACUCCAGGCCCACCUUGGAAUUUGCCUCCCAUCUACCUGCCCCAGAAACUGACAGUUUCUCCUGCUCAAAGCACUAGUCAUACUUUUUUUAGAAGCUGCUGCUUUUACAGUAGAAAACAAGUCAUAUGGAGACUUCACUACUUUUAUGAUGAAAAAAGGGCUUUAGAAGUUAAAUAUACGCAUGCAUAUAAUAAACAUGCACAACCACAACCUCAAUCUUGUAUUUAGUUUGGGGGGAAAAGAAUUUCCUGUGGAUUUUUUUUUUUUUAGUGCACCUCUAUUAUUUGACCCAAACUCUGCAGCAAGAAAACCACUGUGAUGCAGUUGAAUUUCAGUCCUCAGCCUUUACAAAUGAGGUCAAGACACAACUAGAAUAUAAAGGAAGGAAAAAUAUAACAUUUGAUUUUUGCUUACUGCUUAUUUUAUUUUUUACUGUACCACUCUGAAGAAUAUUUAUAAAAUCCAGUAGCAUGACUGCUUCUCUGUAGUAAUACUAAUUUGUGCCUUUUGUCUGCUUCCUUAAGACCAAAUGUUCACACUUUGUAGAUAUUAGACAAAUAUAUUUCGAUUAAAUACUA